GAGGGUUCGGGUAAAAAUGGCUGAAUAUUUAGCUUCGAUAUUCGGGACUGAGAAGGACAAAUCGGGGCCUGUCGGCACGGGGACCGGUGCUCCCGGCUUCACAACAAACCGACUUUCAGUCAGGGGCAAGCAUCGCUGAUGCACUCAAGAUGCUUAGGCUUCUUCUCUGUUGCCAAGUGUCACCCCUCAACCGUCAUACCUCACUUCACCCCUUUGCAUGAGCUCAGGCCCCGCCCCCUUUAAAUUCUGUUCAGACCAUAGUGCUACUCAACCUGUACCAGAAUCCACAGAACACCGCCCAAACCGCAGACGGAUCGCACUGUCACGUGAGCGACGUGGAGGUGCAAGAACACUAUGAUAACUUCUUCGAGGAGGUGUUCACGGAGCUGCAGGAGAAGUACGGGGAGAUUGAAGAGAUGAAUGUGUGCGACAACCUGGGGGACCACCUCGUGGGCAAUGUCUAUGUCAAGUUUCGGCGUGAGGAGGAUGCAGAGCGUGCAGUGGCUGAGCUCAAUAACCGCUGGUUCAACGGGCAGGCUGUGCAUGCUGAGCUGUCUCCUGUCACCGACUUUCGGGAGUCAUGCUGCCGGCAGUAUGAGAUGGGGGAAUGUACCCGAGGUGGCUUCUGCAACUUCAUGCACCUGCGGCCCAUCUCCCGUAACCUCCGACGUCAGCUGUAUGGGCGGGGACCCAGGCGCAGACUAGCUUUGAGCACCAUCCAAAGACCAGCGCCUGAGUCUCAACCCCCAAACCAGCUGGAACUCCAAAGCCCCAAACCCAAGACCAGUCUGGAUCUCCAGUCCCGAGAUCGGUCCCUGAGAACCCGUACUGAUACCACUCAGGAACUCUGGUUACCUGCCCCAUCCCAGAGCAGAGAGGCAGAGCUGGGGAACAGUGCCUCACUCCUUCCAGCUCUAACCCUCAUCUCUCCACUCCUGUCCCCAGGUCACCCCCGAGGUCCCACACCGGCCACCAUCCCCGAGAAAGAAACCGACAACGUUCCCCAGACCACCGGCAUGGCCGCUUCUGAGACCCUGGCUCCCUUGACCUCUACCCCUGACAGGCUUAAAUGUUCCCAGCUAGGACCCCUCCUUAAAGCUCUCUUAACUCCCCAGCUUCAUCUUCCCCAGGCUCCCGGGCUCCAUGAUGUAUCUGUUCAACACAGGGAUCUUCUCUUACCACCCCUCCCCUAAUAAAGCUCUCUAUUGAGGGUUUAGAACCUA